AUGUUCUACAGCCACGAGAUCCUCACCAGCCACCAAUUCGGUGUUGCGACCAUCUGGGUCAUUGCGACUAUUGGUCCUCGUGGCGCUGGCACUCACAAAAAGGUGUCCCGUCGGGCUAUCGAAGAUGUCGAUAUUCGGAAGGCUUGCGAGAAGAUCAUUCAACCGGGAGCUCCCAUCUCACUCCGUCUACAAAGCAAUCUCCUCUAUGGGGUCUCCCGUGUUUACUCAUCCCAGUGUAAAUAUAUGCUCACCGAUACAGAGAAGGUCCAAACGACGAUGAGAACCUUUCUUAGACUCAUUGCCAACAACAAGACUGAUCCCAAGGCCGGAAGAGCAAGGCGCGAGCAAAUUACCUUGAGCGACGACCCGGGCUUCGUUCCUUCGAGUGUUAUGCCCUACUUCACCAUUGACGACGACGGUAGUCCCUGCUUCGUUUCUGGCAGUCAGCCAUCUUCAGGCUCCAGAAACAAGUCGCAGUCACAACUCAGUCCGUUCCCCGAUCCCAUCGACUUCCUUGACGACAGUGGCCACGGAAAUUCCCCGUUCUAUCUCGACUUUUUCCAGUCGCCAGAUAUCCCAGAUUUCCGCUUGCCUUCUCCCUUCGUGCAAGGCUCUGCACAGAAGACGCUCCUUCCUCGAUCUCGGGACGAUAUGGAACUCGACAUGAAUGCAGACCCUUUCGGUACUCUGGACGACUUCGACAACUUUGGUGGCGUGGAACUAGCAAUUGACGAAAACGGGGCAGUCAUCCUGGACGAAGACGAGCUUGAGUUAUCUGAGCUUCCAGGGAUCGACAUGGACGAGGUCGACAUUCUAAUUCAGCAUGAUCAGGUCGCGGACGAUCAUCAAGUUGCUGGCGAUGUCCUUGCUGUCGAUGUCCUUGCUGUCGACGCGCAACAUGCCGUGCCCUUGCUCGGAAGCGACCCUCUUCCGCCUUUGAGAGAUGAGCCAUUGGUCCCUGAGGCCUCCCGGAAGGUUCAGAGCGACCAAGCAGUUGCCCCUGUCAACAAGCGUCGCCGCAUUCUAAUGCUAGAUAACGGCACACAGCUCUCCCGUUCAACUCUCAAAUCCUGGCAGGAAGGCUACCUCGAUAACACGGAAAGAGCGACCAAGAGGCGCAGGGGCAACGCAAACCAAGCCAAAGAGAACGCCUACUUCUUUCUUUUUGGAAAGGGCAUUGGAGGCGUGGGUACCUAUGGGGUUGACUUCCCCUUAGCUGAGCUGUUCGCGGGCAAUGGCCUGCGUGACAUCAUUUACGGCCCGCCCACAGAAGAGGAACGCGAGGCUCAGACACCUUCCCCCAAAGGCCGUCGGAGACGAGCAGGCGAAGCAUUUGGAGAGGACAGCAAUGAAGAUGCGGACCGAAACGUUCGACCCAGGCUCAAUGAGACACCGCAGCAAGGCCGCCUUAUGGACGAUGACACUGGCUUCGACAUGGCCUUCGGGGACGAUUCGAUGCCCGAGAUGGGCAUGGAGGCUGGCCAGCCCAUGCGCGACAAUCAUUCAUCGUCCUUGAUGCCUUGGGCCCAAACCCCUUCGGUAGGCAGGGGCUCUUCCGUUGCCAGCCACAGCGCCCAGAGGCAUGAAAACAUUAGCCGCCAGAAGUCUGCCAGUAUCCGCGGAAGCAGCAUGCCACCUUUCGAGCCCCUACAUGAUGCGCAGCACACGGACGACUUCGACGCCUUUCCCUUCGACAUGCCGGCGUCACAGGACUUGGCUCCUGAAGGUCUCGACCCAGCUGAGAUCCUUAUCACUGCCCAGCAGGAAGGUGAGAACGACUCUCAAUGGAUGCGAUCGAUGCUCGACACCGCAAGUGGAGAGUUCCUGCAAUGGACAGAGGAAGAAGCCAAGAAGACGGGCCAAAUCAAGGAGGGAGAUGCGAAGAAAUAUCGUCGAUGGGUUGAUUUUGAUAAUCUCAUCGAGCCCACGAAGCAGAACCACGUCGUCGCGGCCCAGGCGUUCUAUCAUGUUCUCGCUCUGGCGACCAAGGACGCCAUUACAGUCGAGCAGCAUGUUGCGGAUCUGCAGCCCUUCGGGCCUAUUCGAAUUGGAGUUGACAUGACGGCGCACAUCAACAGCGAGGAUUGA